GCUGUUAGCUGGCUGGAUGCAGGGAUUUUCUGAAUUACAUGGAAGCAGGCAGAUAAUGUGAGCGUUGCAAGAAAAGGCAUCAUGGAUGUAGCAUUGAAUGAUAAUUAAAGACAACGGUGCUUUCCCGUUGAUAUUAUUUUAAGUCUGCAGUGCAAACAACGGUUUGUUUCUCAUUCGGACGACUGGACUUUGUAGGUUGCUACAGUGGUGAGGAAGCUAGCUGUCAAGCAGUAGCCCUCUAGCCAGCCACAUCAGCACCGCUGCUAUAAGCCUGCCACGUUAACUGUUUGGUGCUGUCUUGCAGAGAUUUCGCUAUGGCAGACAGUAUCAUGAGCAAGGCUGCUACCAUGGAAAUCCCUAUUAACAGCAAUGGAGACACAGGGACUCUACCAGAGGAUGACAGUCUGGAGCAGGAUUUGCAGCAGGUAAUGGUGUCUGGACCCAACCUGAAUGAAACCAGCAUUGUCUCAGGAGGUUAUGGAGGACCUGCAGGGGGCAUCAUUCCUACCAGCUCAAUUAAAGGGCCUGCAAUACACUUCAACCCUGAGUAUCUGGACAGAAGACGAGUCCCUGCAUCAGGACCAGACAUUCGCAUGAAAUCCAGGGGUGUUAAUUUGCCUAACAGUCAAUCUGCAGCCAGUCGACUUGCCCAACACACAGACCAGCAUCCAGGGUCGUCGAACCAUAACACUAGUAAUUCAGCUGAAGAAGUUUCUCGCGGUGUGGCAGUGGAGAAAUUAGACAGUGUAAAGAAAUGGGGCAUAAACACAUACAAGUGUACGAAGCAGAUGUUCUCAGAGAGGUUUGGACGAGGUUCACGAACAGUAGAUCUGGAACUGGAGGCUCAGAUUGACGUGUUAAGAGACACCAAGAACAAGUAUGAAAACAUCCUAAGACUGGCAACUGCACUCACCAGCCAUUUUCAAAGCAUGGUGCAGACACAACAGGCUCUAGGAGACACCUUCACCGACCUCAGCCAGAAGUCCCCAGAGUUGCAGGACGAGUUUGGGUAUAAUGCAGAAACACAGAAGCUGUUGUGUAAGAAUGGCGAGGCUUUGCUCAGUGCCAUCAACUUCUUCGUAUCCAGUGUCAACACCCUGGUCAACAAAACAAUGGAGGAUACCCUGAUGACCAUUAAGCAUUAUGAAAAUGCAAGACUUGAGUUUGAUGCCUAUCGUUCUGAUCUGGAAGAGCUGAGUUUGGGCCCUAGGGAUGCAGCUACUAUGGUCCGCAUUGAGAUGGCUCAGCAUGAUUACCAGAUUCACAGAGACAAAUAUGAAAGGCUACGUAGUGAUGUAACCAUCAAGCUCAAAUUCCUGGAGGAAAACAAGGUGAAGGUGAUGCACAAGCAGCUGCUUCUCUUCCACAAUGCUAUCUCAGCUUACUUUGCUGGCAACCAGCAGCAGUUGGAACAAACUCUAAUACAGUUCAAUGUAAAGUUAAAGCCCCCAGGAUCAGACAAGCCAUCCUGGCUGGAGGAGCAGUAAAGAGCGCUCAGAGUUCAGCUCUUUGAGAUGUACAGUGACCCGCUGGUCAGUGAAGAACUUGACAUUGUGGUUAGAUGGACAAGCAUUAAAUGCAUAAGGGAGUAUAUCGUAGGAUCAGUAGCUGCCAGUGAUAAAGAAAAACACGAGAUAUCUCUUUUUUGUAAUGUUUUUUUUUACAUCAUUUAUUACAUAGAUGGAACAACAAUUUCAUUUGUAUUAAGAAUUGUUUUCUUAAGUCACAAAUUACAUUUUGUUACUUUCUUAUUAUUUAGGUAGCACAAUCAUUUACAUCAUAUGACUUCUUAUUUAUGUACAGUAUAGUUUACUAUUGUGGAAAUACCCAUUGGCAGUUUUGCACAUGAAUUAUUUUAGUUGUUUAUUAAGUUAUCAAAAGCAUUAUCUUUAAUAUUUCAGAGUAUAUGACAUGGGAGGAAUUCCACAAAUCAGAUUAGUAAAUUAGUGGGAUAAAAAUCACAAUUUAUGAAAUAUACUCUGAAAUAGUAUUUUUUUGUUUUUUUAGUAUGCAUGAACCAUAUUCAAAAACAUCAGGAUAUAGCAUAAUAAGUUUUCCCACUAUGUUUCUAAUAUCACUUAAUGGAAUACUUGCCUGAAUGGUCUGUUUAUGGUUUACAUGCAUAGAAAAAAAAAAAAUAUAUAUAUAUAUGAAUAUAGUGAUUUUUCUCAAACCUAAUAUACAAUCUAUAAUUAGUUUGAUCUCCAAAAUUUUGAGUACCUUCAGAUAUGCCCUUAUGAAUCCCGCAGAGUAUCUAUCUUGUUUAUUCCACAGUUUACACAUGGAAAAAAGCAGAUGACUUGAAAAAAUCAAAAUGCAACACAUAGCCAGUGGUUGAUUGACUCUGUUUCAAUAGAAGGCACCAGAGUGCAGCUGUUUGAGACUCAUUCUUGAAGUUUCAAAUUUUAAAACACAAACAGUGAAUGGGAAUACUGGAUACAUGUGAUACCACAUGCACUCUAGGUUACAAUACAAGUCUCAGUGUCUCUUCAAGGACAGAAUGUAUGAGUACAUUACUUUGUACUUAUUUUGUGUUAUUUAUUUACCAAUCUGUUUGUAACAUACCAUUGUAUGUUAUGUACAUUUAUUUUCUUUCUAGUUCUAGUCAGAUGGUUGUCUUUGUCUUGUUCUGCAUUUCCAAUAAAAUCUGCUGGAUGUUUUGUUUCACUUUAA